AUGGGUAAAGGGACUAUGAAUAAACUUAUUAAAUAUAAUCAUUAUAUAGCUAACUUUACCAAAAAAAGCGAAAGAACGGUUUAUCGAAGGCUUAAACUCAAUACUGAACCUUCCCAAAAAAGAGGUCGUAAACUCAAAAUUGUUGAUGAUAUUUUAGAAAAGUUAUGUGACUAUGUUGAUAAUGACAAUACAACUAGUUUAAUUGAGAUGUCUGACUAUCUCCUAAAAGAGACUGGUCAGAGAUUUAGUCAGUCAACCAUUUUUCGAGCUUUGAAAAGAAAAGAUUCGGAUUCUCUAUCAGCAGUCGAUGAAUGUGGUUUUAAACUAGGUGCUGUUCCGCGGUAUGCUCGGGCUGAUAAAAGUAAAAGAGCAGUAGUGAAAAGACCAACUAGGGAAAAGGAAAGAGUAGAUACUAAAUUUUUUUAUGACUUCUUCGAAGGGAUUAAUUUUCCUAACAAUGGUAAAAAUUACCUCCUAUUAGAUAAUGCUGGCAUUCAUUAUGGCAAUAAAAAGCGAAUAAAAGUAUUAAAGUUACCGACUAUUGAGGAACAAGCAGAAAAAAAGAAUACUGAGUUGGUAUAUUUGGUUUCUUAUGCCCCUGAACUAAAUCCGGUUGAAAAGUGUUUUGCCUUCAUAAAACAUUAUUAUAGAAAGGCAAGACCUCAAACCUUUGCAGAAUUAAAAAGAGUGGUUGAGGAAGCUAUUGAGAAAUUACAACAAAAAGAUUUAAGAAAAUGA